UAGCAUCGGAAACUCACUCGAGGUCGUCGAAAGGCUCAUAAAAAGCAAAAAGCAACCAAUAAACUACACUAUCGAUCGAGCGCUGUGAUAUACCUGAUCAGAAGAAGAAACAAUUCGACAAUGUCAAAGGUCUAUCUAGCAUACGACGAGAGAAUGACGCUACACCGGCCCCUCCAAGAACUUCCGAUGAGUAGCGCAGAAGGGCAAGAUGUUGCUUCGACGAAUAGCGACGCGGAACAUUCUGCCGAACAAGAAACGGACCAUUUUGAGGGAACCAUGGAGAUACCUCACAGAAUCAGAGCAAUUUACGAAAAGCUGAUUGAAUUGGAAGCCAGGGACGGCUAUCGUCGAUUCAUUGACGUCCCAUGCACACCCGCCUCUCGAGCAACGAUCGAACUGGCGCAUUCCGAAGAGCAUUUCGAGUAUAUGCAGGACACCAUGACCAUGUCGGACGAGGAAUUGCGAAGCAUUACGAAUCCAGACGACUUGUACUUUUGCAAAAACACGUUCUUGGCGGCUCGGUUAGCCGUUGGAGGCGUGGUGGGAUGUGUCGAUGCUGUGCUAGACGAAACAAGACGAAAGAGCUGCAGAGCUGCUGCAAUUGUGAGACCACCCGGCCACCAUGCUACAAGAGACAAAGCCAUGGGGUUCUGUUACUUCAACAAUGUGGCUGUGGCAGCCAAGCACGCUCUGUAUGGAAAUGGAAGCGCACAGGUCAACAGAGUGUUCAUUUUGGACUGGGACAUUCACCAUGGCAAUGGGAUCCAGGACCUGACAUUUGACGAUCCCAACAUCUUUUACCUGUCGAUUCACAGAGCGUCCUUUGGCAAGAAUAUCGAAAAGUGGUUCUAUCCAGGCACGGGACGACCUAGUGAAACUGGGAUGGGUGAUGCCCAAGGAACGAACCUGAAUAUAGCCUUUGGUGAAGGUGGAAUGGGGGACGCAGAAUACGCUUCCGCAUUUAGUCAGGUUGUCCUCCCUCUCAUUUACAACUGGAAGCCAGACUUGAUUUUGGUUGCUUGCGGCUUGGAUGCCGUGAAAGGUGACUUGCUCGGUGAUUGUGGACUGUCCCCAUCCAUGUACUAUUCAAUGACUCGAAGUAUCAUUGAAGCGGCACCAACAACCCCGCUUGUAGUUGCACUCGAAGGUGGAUAUAACGUGAGCCAAAGUGCCGACUGCAUGGAAAAGGUUGCUCUGGCCUUGCUUGACGAAUCCUUGAACUACCAAGACGGGCAGCAGUACACAUCAUGGUCCUGUAAGAGCAUCCUCCCUCAGAGGCACCAAGUCGUUCAGACCAAGGAGACUCAAAAGAUCCAAAGAUUAGCCUGUGCUUGUGAUGUCGCUCCAAUGACCAAGGCAAAUCGUGUUGCCGCAAAGGCCAUCAAACGCUCUGCCAGUGCUUUGGAACGAAAGGGAGGAACUUGUCUGUGUGGCUGCCACUUUAUGUGUCGCCAUGCGGGCUGUCUUCCCAUGAAGAAGAGGAAGUGCCUAUGCAUACCCGAAAACAACAUCGAAAUGAUUAAGGAGGAGUCUGACGACGAAGAAGAAAAUGGCGAGAAGCUACAGACACAGCCAGACGUAGCCUUCGAGACGAUGGAGAGCGCCGUUGACUCUGACGGUGCUGGCAAUUUUCAAGAGGGUGUAAUGCCUGGAACCACAGAGAGUUUCUCGCUACUGGUGCACGCCGCCAAGACAGCCCCGCAGAGCUGCAGAAUGUAGCUGCUGGCUAGCCCUAGCUAGAAGUAGAACGAUGAUUUCUGAUCUUUUUGGUUGUGUUCCUCUCGGUUGUGUAGCUACAUAGGUAUACUAGAACGACUUCAAAACAACAUGUAGC